GAAAGUUGAAAGUUAAUUAGGGAGACAGAAUGAAAUCCAAAUACAUGAUGAUUUCCCUUUUUAUCAUCUUUCUACAAUUCAUUACUUCAUCAUGCUCACAGUCAACCGUCAAGAACCUCCCCAGCUUUAAUGGUGAUCUUCCUUUUACUCUCCAAACCGGAUACAUUGGAAUGGGAGAAGAAGAUGCAAUGCAAGUUUUCUACUACUUUGUUGAGUCCGAAAGAAACCCGUCAGAAGACCCUCUUUUUCUGUAUUUCGCUGGUGGCCCUGGCGCUUCUGGACUAUAUCCGUUCCUCUAUCAAAACGGUCCAUUAAGUUUCAAUUUCGAAAGUUCAAAGAGGGGUAACAUUACAUUGGAGUUGAAUCCAUAUUCAUGGUCAAAGGUUGCUAAUGUGAUAUUCGUAGAUUUACCAAUUGGUGUUGGAUUUUCUUAUGCUAAAACAUGGGAAGCAUCGAGGAGUAGUGAUUCCCUUUUAGCUGUACAAGGCUAUGAAUUUCUAAGAAAGUGGCUUGUGGAGAACCCCAGGUUUGUGAGUAAUCCAUUGUACGUAUCUGGGAUUUCAUACAUGGGAAUUAUCGUACCAAAUGUGGCUUUGGAGGUAUACAAAGGCAAUGAACUUGGAAAUCAACCACAAGUCAACAUUAAAGGAUACCUAAUUAUUAACCCUCUCACCGAUAAGUUUAUCGACUUCAAUUCAAGAUUUGAGUAUGCUCAUCGCCUUGCACUUAUAUCAGAUGAUAUAUACGAGUCUACAAAAGCAUCUUGUGAUGGUGACUACGUAUACAAUGUUCCUGAGAACAGCCUAUGUGCUGAUAAUCUUAAACGGGUGGCUGAGUGCACAAGCAGAAUUAAGUUUGGAUUUAUAUUGGAGCCGGUGUGUAAUGUAACAGACAGGGUGCCAACUUGUAAAGAUUUCACCGACACAUUUAUACAAACUUGGGUAAACUCUAAGGGUGUUCAGAAAGCUCUCAACAUUCAUGAGGGAACUAUAGGAAAGUGGGAGUACGCAAACACGAGUAUUGCUUAUGAUUUAAAGAAAAACGAUACCGUGUAUUAUUCCUAUGAUGUCUGGAGCACUAUUGAAUCCCACAAACAACUUCUUACCAAAAACUGUCAAGCUUUGAUCAUGUGCGCUGAUCAUGACAUGGUGUUUCCAUACUUGGGCACUGAGAAAUGGAUUAAAAAUCUUAAUCUUCCAAUUGAAAACGCAUGGGAACCAUGGUUUGUUCGUACACAAGUUGCAGGAUAUCAAAUGACAUAUGCACGAAGAGGAUCCUCGAUACAAUUUGCAACUGUUAAGGGUGCGGGUCAUGCACUGGCAAUGUACAAGCCUGAAGAAGCUUUGGCAUUGAUGGAUCGGUGGCUUGCUUCUCAUGCUUAUUUAAGCUUUUCGUCUUAAUCAUCGAUUGUUUUGUCCAUCGUGUUUUGCAUAUGCCAUUAUUGCUAUUAAACUCCUAUU